AUGAAGAUCGUCAAUAUUCCCAUGUGGAAGGGCACUGGUGAUAACUACGCUUAUUUGGUGAUUGACGACAAAACGAAGGACGCUGCGAUUGUUGAUCCAGCUGAGCCGAAGGCGGUGUUGGCUGUCUUGAAGAAGAUGGUCGAGGGUGGUGAGAUUAAUCUCAAAUACCUGAUGUACGUGGUUUGCCGUAAUACCCACCACCACGGCGACCACACCGGCGGUAACAAACAAAUCCUUGCGGCAUACCCCAACCUUACUGCCUAUGGCGGUUUCGACUGUAAACCCAUCACGCACAUUGUCAGGGAUGGUGAGAAGUUGAAGAUCGGAGAACUUGAUGUAACUGGGUUGGCGACACCCUGCCAUACACAAGAUUCGAUCUGUUACUACGUCGAGGACAAGACGACCGGAGAGAAAGCCGUCUUCACGGGUGACACCCUCUUCAUCGCCGGCUGUGGUCGAUUCUUCGAAGGUUCCGCCGCCGAAAUGCACAGAGCUCUAGACGCAACCCUCUCCUCCCUCCCGCCCACAACAAAAAUCUUCCCCGGCCACGAAUACACCGCCUCCAACAUCAAAUUCGCCGCUUCCAUUCUUCCGCAUAACCCUGCCAUCCAGAAACUCCAGAAGUAUUGUGAGGAGAAUGAGGUGACGACGGGGAAGUUUACGUUGGAGGAGGAUAAGGGGUGGAAUGUGUUUAGGAUGGUUGGGGAGAGGGAGGUAGGGGAGGCGACGGGGGUGGAGGGGGAAGUGGAGGUUAUGAAGAAGCUGAGGGAGAUGAAGAAUAAUUUUAAGUGA